GUCAAAGCAAAGCCUUAUGUCAUCCCUACUUGACAAGGGAUGUGAUUCUGGGGACACAGGUGGAAUAUAGUAACAUGUCUUACUUAUAGUUCUAGAAAUGAUUCAACCAUUUGCUUUUUCUAUCUAGGCUGUCUUCCAGGGAUGAUUCUCCGUGUGGGGCUGUGUCCUGGCCUCUCGGCUGAAAUGGUCGAGGUGCUAAAAGCCAAUGGCGUCAAAACAGUGGUUGAUCUUGUCUCAUCGGAUCUAGAGGAAAUUGCCCAGAAGUAUUCCUUAUCGUACAAGACCUUAGUUGCAGUACGACGUGUGUUGUUGGCACAGUUUUCCUCCUUCCCAGUCAGUGGGGCAGAUCUCUAUGAAGAGCUGAAGCGCACCACAGCAAUCUUGUCUACUGGAAUUGAAAGUUUGGACAAGCUUCUUGACUCAGGUUUAUACACAGGGGAACUGACAGAACUUGUUGGAGCACCCAGUGCUGGCAAAACUCAGGUGUGCCUCUUUGUAGCUGCAAAUGUAUCUCAUAGCCUCAAGCAGACUGUCCUGUACAUUGACUCCACUGGGGGUUUCACCGGUGCCCGUCUGCUGGAGCUGUUGAAUUGCCUGACUGAAGAUGAGGAAGAGCAGGCUGAGGCACUGCGGAGGAUCCAGAUUUUUCAUGCAUUUGAUGCCUACAAAAUGCUUGAUGUGCUGCAGGAAGUCCGCAGCUAUAUGGCCCAGCAGAUACUCAGUACCUCUGGACCAGUGAAGCUUCUUAUUGUGGAUUCCAUUUCUGCUGUGAUUUGCCCUUUCUUGGGACUUCGGCAGCCUGAUGGCAUGGCCCUCAUGAUGCAUUUGGCUAGGGAGAUGAAAACACUUGCCAAAGAGUUUGAGAUUGCCAUCUUGCUGACAAAUCAUGUGACCAGAGACACUAGUGGCGGUUUUAAACCAGCACUGGGCCGCUCGUGGAGUUUCAUACCUAGUACUCGGCUGCUGCUGGAGAGGAGAAAAAACACUUCUGAGAAAGCAGAUCGAGUCGCAUCUUUGAUGAAAUCUCCUCGACAGCCUUUUGGGAUUCAGGCAGAAUUAGACCUGAGGAACUGGGAAGUGAGAAAAGACAGUCCAGUGACAUCAGGAGAGGGACUGAAUGAUGGCACGGACAAGUCUUCCUGAUCCACAGCUGGCUUUCCUGAAUAUUGCAGAUCUGAAAGAAUAGUUCAGUUUUUAGAGGAAUGAAAAAUACAGACCAGUAUCAGCCUACUCCAAA